UCCUCCCCGAGCCCGCCCCGCCAGGUUUAUCUUGUGACUGCCGCGGCCGCUUCUUCCUUCCCGACGCUUGGAAGUUCCUUGGCAGCGAUGUGUUUCUCGGCCGCCGCGUUCCUGCUCCUGGCGCUCAGCGCUUCCGCCCUGGCGGAGCCCGUGCAUUUCAAAGACUGCGGUUCUGAGGUUGGAGUUGUAAAGGAAGUGAAUGUGAUCCCAUGUCCUGUUCAGCCCUGCCAUCUGCAGAAAGGACAGUCUUACGCUGUCAAUGUCACCUUCACCAGUAGUACUCAGUCUCAGGGGAGCAAAGCCGUGGUGCAUGGCAUCGUGAUGGGCGUCCCAAUUGCCUUUGCCAUUCCUGAGCCUGAUGGUUGUAAGAGUGGAGUCAACUGCCCCAUAGAAAAGAAUAAGACCUACAGCUACAUGGCUAAACUACCAGUGAAGAGUGCCUACCCCUCUAUAAAACUGGUGGUGAAGUGGGAACUUCGGGAUGACGAAGACCAUUGUCUCUUCUGCUGGGAAAUUCCAGUACAGCUUGAAAACUAGAGCUAUUUAAUGCCAGUGUGUCCGUCUGGAGAUGAGAGAGCAAGAGUGGAGGGAGGGGAAGAGAAAUCAAGUCUAAACUAAAUCAGUGCCGUAAGAGGAAAGGAAUUUCUAGACUGCUGUUUUAUGCCUCUCAACCUCCAGCUGCAUCUAAGACCCUGUUUCCGGAGAGCUCAGAACUGCUGCUCUUGUAAUACCUUUUGUAAAAGCAUUGAAGGAAAGGGAAGAGAGACAGAAACAGAGAGACAGACACUAUAGGAAUUGAUGUAAUUAUCUUCAGUGUUUUUUGCUGUUGAAAUAAGGAGGGUCCAGCCAGACAGGACCCGAAUGAGGCUGCUUAGGGAUAUUGACCCUUGUAGUGAAGGACAGGUUCCAAACCACAUUCCUCUAGCUGGGAUGUUACAUCUCCAAGUGCCUCAUUGAGUUCAGUGCAUCUGGCCAAUAAGCCUGCUGACUUGACAGCACCUCCAGCUCCACUGCCUCAACAGUAAUGACAUGCUCUUCUGUGGUAUCCAGCAUUUCAGCGGAGGGGGGUGGUCUGAGAUAGAAAUUCAGCUCUGGGUGGCUGGUUCUCUGUGGUUAUCUUAUUUCUUCUCUGUCUUAGGUGGUUUUCAUUAAAUGCAAAACUUGAUUAGCAGA